GUCCCGUCGGAGGCGCGCGCAAGCCACGCGUUGUUUGAGGCGAUCUCGAGCGGUUCAACGCCACACCGCGUGGCGUGGAGCCUGUGGUGAGGGCCGGCGUCGUCCGGACGCCGAGCGACUCCCGCCGCCGUUCAGGCGCCCUCGCCUCUCACCCGUCGCGCCGGGACCAGGGCGGUCGUCUCCCUCAAAGCCCGGCUGCGCGGCGUCGCCGGCAUGAGCACUCCGGAUGAGGGGUCUGUCUGGGCAGCGGGUUUCGGCCCCGAGGGCGGGGAGCAGGCCGGCGUCCGCCCCUCCGGCCCCGGGGCCCCGCGGGCCCCGCGAGCCCCGGGACUAGGUCUGGAUGUGGGCCCGCCGCGGAGCGGCGAGGGCGAGGGCGGGUUCGCAGACGCCGAGGGCUUCGAGUCCGAGCGGGAAGUGCUGGAAGCGGGAGGGCCGGUGCUGUGGGGCCGCGAAGGCCGCCCCGGCUCCCCGGCCGAUGACAAGGGGGACGCCCCGGACUACGCGGCCCACCUGGCUGACGAGUCCGCGGCGGACAUCGUGCAGCAGCUGACAGACCGCGACGCCCUGGGCCUGCGGAGAAACCCGUCCCCCGAGAGCUGCGCCGCCGAAGCGUCGGGCGGUUGGGCGGGCCUCGACGCGGGGCCCAGUGGGCGAGGCGCGCUCGGCCUGGGCCGCGUGGAGUCGCAGCCGCCUUCCGCCGCCGGGCCGCGCGUGGCUGGGCCCGAGAGCGGCCGGGCCUGGGGGAACCCGAGAAGAGGCGCUAAGAGCAGGGCGAAUGCCAGGACGGAUCGCCAGCGGCCCCCCCCCGCCGCCGCCGCCGCCGCCGCUGCUGCCGAAGGCCUGGGCGCCCCGCUGCCUUCCGACCCCGAGUCCUCCGAUGAGUUCGGGGAGAUACAGCUGAUGAGGGUGAGCAUUUACUCCAAAGAAGGAGGCCAGGCCAAGCCCAGCAGCCCCGAGGAUCCCGGGGACACACCCAGACACUCAAAUUUCCGCGUCAGGGAGAAUUUCCUGCACGUGCCGGGCCCUUUCCUGACCUCGGCUCCCCGAGGAUUCACUUCGGUUGUGGAGAGGCAGGCCAUCGGAGAGCUGGACAUGCCUUCCUCCAAGAAAAUGCAGAGUGUGGUCUGGGGGAAGGGGGAGAGCAGGCCCACCUACCGGGGAGCUACCGCUGUUGCUGCUGCUACUGCUGCUGCUGCUGCUGCUGCAGGCGGCUUGCCCCGGGCCACCUCUAGGAGGAAGGUGACCCAGGAGAAGAAAUCCCUAGGGGGCCCCUCAAGAGUCGCCUCGGGGAAAAGCUUUCCUUCCUGGGGGCAGAGAGUCUCGGCAGCUCCCCUGGAACCGGCCACCUUCCCCCCAAUCUCUGGUGUCUCGCUGCUUGGCAAGUCCAAGAAGCAUCCCGUGGGCCCUUGGGGAAUCAAACAGCCCAAGCACACGGGGGCCGGGAAGAAAUCGGUGGCCAGGAGGACACGGGAGGCGGAGGUGGUGGCGUCGGCAGGAGAAGGCACUGACUCAAACAGAGACGCAUUCCCAAAGGGCCAGCUUCCAAAACAGAGGCCAGGGCCAUCUUGUUUGUGCAUGCAUCGUGGAGAAUGCAGCACUGGCGACCUCCAGGCCAGAGCCCCCCAAGUGCCAGGAAGCUCGGAACCCUUGGCGCCAAGCCAGGGAGACGUCCUGCCCAGAGGGCCUGCACCCUCCGGUGACCAGGAGCCACUUGACCAGCCCCCAAGGCCGGAGAGGCAGCAGCAGCCGCCAGCUGGCGCACAGGACUGUCCUCGGUGUCUCAUGCUACAGAGAGAAAUAGACGAUCUUAAAGAGCAGCUUGCGGCCAUGCGGUCCCUGACUGACAAGUUCCAGAGCCUUUGAAGUUGAGCCCAGCAUCUCUGCGCACGAGGAGCAGCUGGUGCCUUUGGAGCCAGGGAGCUGUGGCCAAGCCGGUUCCCUCCUGUUCGACCUCGGCCAAGACUUCCUCUGCCUGUUCUUUUGCCCCCUCCCCAGCCCUGUUCACAGCAGUUUCAAAUUA